AAACUGUAACAGAACAUUGCAGGCCAACAUGUGAAUUCUGAGUUGAUAGUUUUCCCUUUUUAAUAAAUAUUACAUUUAAACUGUAACAGAACAAUGCUUGCUAAAAUUAAACACGUGAUGAGGUCAUGUGACAAGCCUCCUGCUGUUUGAAACGUUUAUCUUCACGUACUAUUUAAAUAGUAGGCAGCAGUAUACAGUGCAGUAACUAGUGAGUUUUUAUUCCAUAGCAAACACUUCCAAUAAUUCAGAUCCCAGAGCGGAAAUGUCCGCAUCUGAUAAGGUGCAAUUGUUCAUGAGGAAGCCCUUAAGUAAGCACUUAUUAAAUUCUAUUUCUUCCCAUUAGACUUGAUAAACACUCUUAUAAUUCACUGAGAAAGAGUUUGAACGCUGAAUUCAAGUCAUGGCCUGCAGUUUGCUGAAAGCUUGAAUCCCGUGCGUAACGCCGCCACGUUUGUUGUUUCUCCUCAGGGAAACUCAAAACUUUCCUUGCGGCGAAACAAACAGGAAAAGAGUGGCAGCGUUACGCACCGAGGGAAAGCAUUCCCACGGGCGUUAUUUCCUCGUCCUGACUGGAUGAAGGGGGUCCAGCCCUCAUGGGCUUCCUUUCUUUCUCCUUCCAUCUCUCAGCAACCCGAUCUUUCAGCAGGAGUUUGAUGGGUGAACUCUGGGAAUCCAUCGGCACCCCGCGCGUUAUUGUUGCCAGGACACUUUUCUCGCGUCCUCGGGUUUGCGUAAAUGUUCAAGGAAUGGAAAGUAUUCUGGUGGAAUUAUAAACUCGGGGUCAAACGGGACAGAAGCAGAUAAAGUCGGAGGUUUUGGAUUCCGCGGCUUGGUUUAUAUGAACCUGUUCUCCGGCUCUGCGGACGCGCUGCGCUGCGGUGGAAACUCUGGGUCCACGAGGCGCUUCUGGAUCACGCAUCAGCGGACGAAGGUUCGGUUCCAAAUCAUGUGGCUGCUCGUGUGCUCCUUCAUCGCGGCGCUGAGCGGUGAGAAUUACGCCACACAGGCCCAGGUGAUGUCCUCCAAAGCGCUGAGGGCUUCAAACGCACGCAGCAAUGUAACAGACAGCAAUCGCCUCACAGACUUGUACCGGAAGGAAGAGGUCAUAAUGGUCAAGAGCGGAGGUCACAUCCAGAGCCCGCGCUUCCCCAACUCAUACCCCCGCAACCUGCUGUUGUCAUGGAAACUGCUCUCGCCGCCCCACACGCGCAUCCUGCUGGAAUUCGAUGCUCAGUUUGGACUGGAGGAGGCAGAGAAUGGAGUCUGCAGGUAUGAUUAUGUGGAAGUGGAGGAUAUUUCUGAAACCAGCACCAUCAUCUGGGGCCGCUGGUGCGGACAAAGAGCUCCAUCACGGAUCUCAUCCAAAACAAACCUCAUCAAAAUCACCUUCAAAUCGGAUGAUUACUUCGUAGCAAAACCAGGAUUCAAAAUCUGCUAUUCACUGCUGGACCGCUCACCUCUCGCGUCUCUGACCAACUGGGAAGCAGUUACAGUGAUGUCAGUAAUCUCUCUCACACACACACACACACACACACACUGCUACAGACCACAAGCUUUCCACACCGACCACAAACACAAGCUUGAUCUCGACCGUCUCUAUGACGACGUGAAGCAGUACAGCUGUACUCCGCGCAAUUUCUCGGUCAAUCUCCGCGAGGAGCUGAAGGCGACCAACACCGUGUUUUUCCCACGAUGCCUCCUGGUGCAGCGCUGCGGGGGAAACUGCGCCUGCGGCACUGACAACUGGAACUCCUGCAGCUGCAGCGCCGGAAAAAUCGUCAAGAAACUACACGAGGUGCUGAAGUUUUCUCCAGGUCCGAGUUUCUACAGGAAGAAAACACAUGCUCAAUGGAUUCUGGAGGAGAUUCACCUGCAGCAUCAUGAGAGAUGUGACUGUGUGUGUCAGUCCAGACCGCCGCGAUGCACACACACACACACACACACACGUAUAGCUACAGGUCAUGCGUCCACCUAAACAAAAACCCUAUUAAUAACACAAGAGACACACACACUCGUCUUCAGUUUUCUGUUCAGUGUUGGGAGACUCUGAUAUAAUGUAACUUCUCUGUUUCAGUUUUAUGUUUAUGGUUUAUGUUAUUGUGUCCAGUAAAGUCACAUGAAACUCACCAAUGGAAUGUAAAUGAAUAUCAAUGAGGCUUUUGCUCUCUGAGACCAAUCAGAAGUCAGAGCUCCCUGAAGGGGCGGAUCCCUCACCAAUCUGAUCCAAGCCAGUGUUAUUUAUUAAAAGAACUGUCUUUAUCUUUUUAUAAGCCGUGAUAUGUGGCUUUUUUCAUAUGCUCUUUCUUCUCUGAGUGACUC